CUGUCACACUACACAGGAAAAAACAGAGAUCGCAAAAUACUUUGAGAGAAAUUUCGAUUGAAGGGUUUAGGAUGGAGUUUUUGCGUAGUAGAUUCAAAAUUCAAAUAGAUUCUCUCGUUUGAUUCAAUGGUUUCAAUCCGACAUUGCCAGUAUUUUCCGUUUUCGUUGUUGUGUGCUCGUGGUUUUUGAUAUUACAGCGAUGGGAUUCCGCAUAUCUCCGUCGAUAACUCCAGAGAGAUUGUUGUGGACGACGAGCUUCUUCCGCCACAAACUCACGAUUUUCUAACAGAUCGAUCAAUUUCAGCGUCAAGUGAUUCGAAUUCAGUUGUUUCUUUUUUUUUUUCUGUUUCUUCGUACUGCGAGAAGCAAAAUCGGCCGUGUCGCCGUGAUUCCGGUGAUGAUUUGUAGCAGAGAGAUGCAAUCCGGUUCUUGCGUAAACUGGCUUUCCCGUGGGAAUCUCGAUCUGGUUCUUCAAGGAACAAAUUCGGUCAUGGAAAAAGACGAAUCUUCAAGGAGGCGUUUCUCCAUGAUAUCAGGGAAUUUAUUCAACCAGGAAUAUUAUCAUCAUCGGGUCCAAGAGCGAAAGCAUCGUUUAACAGCUGGACAGGUGAAUUUGCUGGAAGAGAGUUUCCAGGAAGAGAACAAACUAGAGCCACAGAGGAAGAUUCAGUUGGCUAAGAGGCUGGGUUUGCCGCCUCGUCAGGUAGCUGUCUGGUUCCAGAAUCGGAAAGCUCGUUCCAAGGUUAAGCAGAUCGAACAAGAGUAUGAACUUCUCAAAUCUUCCUAUGAUUCUCUCCGCGAAAAGCAUGAGUUGGUUCUUGAGGAGAACGAGAAUCUUAAAUCUAAGGUUCUAACAUUGACAGAGAAGCUUCAAUCCAAUGGAACCGAUCCAGAAAUGGCGACGAAUCAAAACGCAAGAAGUUUCACUAACGAAAUCAACCUAGAACCGAACGACGACAACAGGACCUCUCAUGCAGCACUACGCCCAACUGCGGAAGACCAAGGUAACUUCUCAGACGUAUUUAUGGCGGCAGAACAGCAACCCGACAACGAAGAGCCCUUCAACUGGUGGGUUUGGUCGUCCAUUUCUCAGCCGCUCUGGUAAAUAAAAGACACUUAGGUGAACCAUCACUUUGUCUAUAUAUGCUAUAAAUGCGACGACACCAUAGGAUAAAAAAAAAAUCAGGGUGCGAGCCAUUGGAAAAAAUAACGGUGAAUUAGAACAAUAUGGAUGUUCCAUUAGAGAAUCUCCCAAAAAUAUUUUAGAUUUUGUGAAGUGUUGAACAGAGGCACAUGGAAAGAGAGAACAGAAUCGACCCCCACUUUGACCCAGUGAAGCCACUAAUAUAAACCAAGACCUCUUAGAACUUAAGGUAAUGAUCUCAUGACAGAACCAAUCAAAGAGGCAAAAACCAUAAUUUAGGAUUCUUGGUCAUAAAGGCUCCGAUCAUAAUUGCUCCUCUCUAAACCAAAGACCAGAUUGUGUUUCCACACACCUCUGCCUUCGGCUUUGGGUCAAAGAACAUCUGGGGAUAGUGUUGUGCAAUCUCAAAUUCCGUAUUCAGAUUCAAUUUCUAGCCCAGGCUUGAAUUGGGUCUCGGCCCAUAUAGUUAGCCCAAUGUUCACGAUCGGUUCAGUUUGCUUUUCAAAUGUUAUUGCAUUCAAAUUCGUUAAAAAUGCGGACUCAGUUUUACGGUUUUUUCUAGCCCAGUCUUGAAUUGGGCCUCGGCCCAUAUAAUAUUUAUUACAUACAUGAGAAUUUGAAAGAUUUAUAGAUAUUUUGCAAGUGCCUGCAGGCUACAUACUAGUUUAGAUUAACGCAAAAUUUCUAUUAAUUCUUUAAAAUCUUAUACUAAAUAUCAUUAUAAUUUAUUGAUAAUUUAUAUUCUACUAAAAUGGCGAUGACUAUUUUACGGGAAUAGGGGAUUAUUCCGUCCGACGGGUUCACGCGCUCGCUUUGGUUUCCGUUUGUUUCUCGAGAAAAUAUGCAUUUUCUCCGUCUUGUUACCAUUUGACUUUCCCGUAAAGUAUUUAUCGGGAAACGGUUCUCCUUCUACUCCCCUUUUUCUAUACGUUUGCUUUCUUACUUGGUCUCGUUCAAAAUCCCACACCCAUUUGUGCUCUUACGUAUUCACGCAUCGAAAAUUAGGGUUUUGAGAUGUAAAAUUUGUCAGUUUCCCUCAUUUUCACGUUCUGGGGUUGCGGAAGAAUAAUAAAAAACCUAAUCUUUUUUUA